CUGUCGUUACUAUGGAUCAUGGUGUCAAAUACGGAUUAAAGUUUUAUGAAAACAUAACCUUAAUCAAGUCAAAAUAUACCUUUUUUAUUCGUGAAAGUCUUAUACUCGCAUAUAUACAGUGAAUGUUAAUAAGCUUAGUAAAAAAGAAAAAAAAAACUUGGCGCAGUACGACACAAACAAUAUAUUUUGAUUGCACUUAUUCGUAUAUGCAUGAGUCGGACGAUGGUAUACUAAGUUCUCAUUUUUUCUUGGGUUUGUUUUGUUUAAUGUAUAUUGGAUGGAAAACAAAAGAAAAAGCAUUUUAUUUCUCAAUGUUUCACUAUUUGACAAGUCUACAUGUUGUAUUGAAUGCUUUAUAUAGACAGGUCAAGCUAUCUUCUCUCUUGUGACUCGAAACACAAUUUUUUAAUGAAGUUUGUGGCUCUAGGCUUUUAUCAGAUUUAACCGAACUCGUAAUUAGUGCUACAC